UAAAAAGUGUACGGAAGAGGGGGUGAGAGUUUCUUUUCUGAGAGUGUCAGAUCUGAGAGCGAAGGAAGGAUGCGAGUGGGUGACAAUCGGUAAUAGAGAGCAUCAUAGAAGCCGCGUGACCUCAUAUCGAAUUGAGAUGGAGGAAGCUGCUUCUGUGGGCGAUGCACAUGCACGGGGGAAGCACAUGAUCCUUGCGGAGCUUGGUCGUGUGGAACAGGAAGUCAGAUUCUUGGAGAAAAAGUUGGAAGAGCUCGGCCAGACAGAUAGUGUAUCAACCCAGUGUGAGGAGCUGCUUUGUGUCAUCGAGAAAUCACCUGACCCUCUCUUGCCACUGACCAAGGGACCUUUGAACUUAGGAUGGGACCGGUGGUUUGAAGCACCAAAUGGGGGAGAACGCUGCAGAUGCUUUAUACUUUGAUUCAUGAUAGUAAAAUGUAGUAGUUACUAUAUAGGCUUGGCAUUUUUGGUGGUAAAAUAUCUUUAACAUGGGACCAAACUAUUAUCAAAAUGUGUGUGUUUCAACAUUGUGUGCAUCUUCCCUUACUAGUAAAAUCGUACAGGUUACGAUGAGCAUUGGAUUGUAUAUAAUGGUUUAGUUGCACGUAUGUAAACAGUAUAUGUUUAAUUUUGUCUGUAUGAGAUCCGAGCAAUGGUGUAUUAGCUUCUCAGGAGCAUUUUCUUUCUCUAA